AUGUUUGAUCAAGCCACGAGUAUGGGCGAUGGAAUCGCCGAGGACCGAAACCACUGUGGAUCCAAUUCGUUGUGCCGUGACCGCGGCAGAGAGUCGAAAAGCCGGACGGAAGUGGGGAACCGGUCACCUGUGCAGAGCUCUACCGACACACCGGGGACUUCGGCAUCCACACCGACCUCAUCCAGCGAGGAUGGACACGAUAAACUUUUAGGAGUCGAUCCCGACUACUGUCGGAGGAUUCUGGUCAGAGACGCCAAGGGCACUAUUCGGGAGAUCGUGCUGCCCAAAGGGCUGGAUCUGGACCGGCCGAAGCGCACGCGGACCUCGUUCACGGCGGAGCAGCUGUACCGGCUGGAGCUCGAGUUCCAGCGUUGUCAGUAUGUGGUCGGCCGAGAGCGCACGGAGCUCGCCAGACAGCUCAAUCUCUCUGAGACACAGGUGAAAGUGUGGUUUCAAAACCGCCGCACCAAACAGAAGAAGGACCAGACCAAGGACACAGACAAGCGCUCAUCAUCCACCUCCGAAUCCCUCGCCACAUGCAACAUCCUGCGUCUCCUGGAGCAGGGGCGUCUCCUGUCGGUACCCGCGCCUCCUCCAAACCCACUGCUGGCGCACCCACAUCCAGGCAACGGCUCUCUGCUGGGCAGCCCGUCUGUGUCCACCUCCUCUGGGGUGAGUAGCUCCACCACACCUCCCGGAGCUGGCAGCGGGACGUUCGGACUGUCGCUGUCUUCUUUAAGUGGCACUCCACCUUCACCGCGGCUGGGCGUCCCGCCGCCGUCCCUUUGCUUUACCAUGCCUCUCCUGAGCGGCGCACAUCACGAACUGCCAUCGGGAUACGGCUGCGGGACGUCAGCGUUCGAGCCCUACAUGAGGAUAGAGCGCAAGGAUGGAGAGUUAGGAGGGAAGAAGACGGUGUCCUAA